AGGGCUUCCUCUUCGCCCUCGUCCUCCUCCUCGUCCUCCUCCUCCUCCGCCGGAGGCCCGCGCCGGUUCGGGCCGGGCCGGGCCGCGGCGCCGCUUCUCGGGGCAAGUGCGAGCCUUGGCCGGUGAGGGCUUGCGGAAGGGAAAUACGGGUGCUGACCCUGCUCGGUGUCGCUCUCUUCAGCGAUGGCAGCGUGGGAGGCCGCCGAAAUGUCUUUCUUCAGUCUGAGCGACGUGAGGGAGCGGAUGCGGGAGAAGAAAAAGGGUGCCUUGAGGACUGCGAAGUUGAAUGCCUCGCUUGCAUCGAAAAUCAAAACGAAGAUCAUCAACAACUCCUCCACUGUGAAAGUCUCCCUAAAGCAGAACAAUAAAGCAUUGGCUCUGGCCCUCAAUGCAGAGAAAGCCAAUGCACAGCGGCUCACCCAGGAGAAGACCAUCCUACAGAAAGAGGUGAAGCAGUGCCACUUCCAGAACGCUGUGCUGCGGCACAGGCUCUCCUUCCUGAAUGAUAUGUUGAAAAAAAUGGACAAUCUUGUGGCUGCAGCUAAGAUGGCCGAGCUGUCUGAGUUCCAUAUAAAUUCUGCAUCCUUGUCCAGCGGCCAGAAGAGCAUCAUGACUGAAGAUAGCUGGGCUGAUGAUAUUGUAGAUGGUCAGCUUCUGAGGUUUACACAGAUACCGAUGAGAGUGCCCAUUUCCAAGCUGCAUGAUACAGAGCAGCAAGCUGGCAGCUCCACAGCACUACGAACAUCCUCAGGAGAACUUCAGAGACCUGUUUCUAAUGCAGGAGAACUUCAGAGACCUGCUUCUAAUGAGGCCCUGAAAAUUGUGCCUGUUGCCUCCAAAGAUACUUUGCCACCACAGCACGAUGAGAAGCCUCAGUUCCACCAGGAAGAAAAUGGCAAAAAGGUGACUGAAACAAUGGCAACAGAGGGGGCUUUUCAUGACUCUCACAUAUUUGGAGAGAUCUUGUGCAGCACUGAACAAAAUCCCAACAAUUUGCCAAUGCUUGCCUUGGAAAGUCAUAGUCUUUCAUAUGAGCCUGAUGAGAUGGCAAAACAUUUAUUUGAUCGUCUCUCACAAGGGCACAUUACUCAGAGGAGAAAGCGUUCCACCCUGUUUGCUACAAGCACUCCAUCUUCUGCUCUGGAUAUCUUCCCACAUGUCAGUUCCACUCAGGCAGCUUGGGGUAGUGCUGCACAGGACAACAGCAGCUCCAGCAAGAACAGCACCCAGCAACAGCUGCGAUCUCCCAGCCCCCUGGCUUCACCUGCUCAAACUGCUGAUAUUUCACAUAGAAACUCUGUGGCUAAAGAGACCUCUUGUGAGCAGCCACAGACAAAAGAAAUGGGGUGUGGUGUUGAAACGGACCCUAGCUAUAGCCAAGUCACUGAGUUUGUUCCUGUAAAGGUUAAAAGCAAAGGUAAGUGUAAAACUGGAGAGAAAAAGACUGUUAAAAAAGCAAGAGCAGGAAAAAAGAAAACAACUGCAAUUAAAAACAAUGCAGAAAGUAGUCCCCACAGAUCUCAAGGUGAAGAGUGUGCUCAAAAUGCAAAGAAGCUUCUUCAGCCAAAAACUGUAACACAUUCUAGUGAGACUGAAGUCUGUGAGAUGGGGCAGAAGGUGUGUGAGGGGGCUUUUGACAGGUGGAACAGAGACUGUGGUGUGGAGCACCAUUCCCACUCUCCUGAUGGAGUCCAAGACUUUGGAAGUACACAUGAGGUGAGUCCGGCACAGCUGCAGAGUCUUGAAAGUGUUGACUUAAUGCAACAGGUUAAGAAGGGCUCUAUCUUUGAGAUGCAAAGUAUGGAGAGCUUGCUAAAACCCCCAGUUCAUACCUUCUCAAGUCAUGAAGUUCCCUCAGGUGAUUCCAGAUUACAGAAUUCACUUUUCUUGAGGAAAGAGACCUCCAGUGCCUGUGCUUUGCAAGAGGACUCAAGUGUGAUCAGAUAGAAAAUCAAGAGGAAAAAAAGUAAUUGGACAAAGAGAUGAUUCUGAUAGGAAGUAUCUGCCAGUGUGAUAAUACCAGAUGGCCAAAGCUGAAGAACAGCCUAAAAGAAGCACAACAAAUGAGACAACGCCACUUACACUCUGAUGUAAGUGGGAGACACUUUGUUAGGGGAGCUUGAGUAUAACCCA